CUAGGUUAUGUCCAGGAUUCGAUCAUGGGCAAAAAAUAAAAUUUACAUAAUUCGUGUUGAUUCAACACGUGCGAACUUACGGAACCUCGUUGCUUGUUUAUUAGGGAUAUGGAUAUCCAAAAUAAUGAGUCAACUAAGUGGCAAAAUAGAAGAAUUGGUAGAGGAAAAAGAGAGGCCGGUUUGACUCACGAAUGUGGCGUUUAUGGGGCCAUAGGAAACGUGAAUUGGCCCUGCAAUUCUGAAAUUGCUCAAUUCAUAUGCAUCGGCCUUGAAGCUCUACAACAUCGUGGCCAAGAAUCAACAGGAGUAGCAGUCAGUGAAGGCCAUAAUGAUUUUCACGUGCACAAAGGCAUGGGCCUGGUUAAACACGUGUUCAACACUGAUAAUAUCGCCAAGUUGAAGGGCAACUUGGGAAUAGGUCAUACAAGGUACUCAACUAGCAGCAGAUCAGAAGUGGUCAACUGUCAGCCUUUUGUGGUUCACUCCAGCCAUGGGGCUCUAGCAGUAGCUCACAAUGGUGAACUUGUUAAUGCAUCUGAAUUGAGAAAACAGGUACUGGACCGCGGCGUAGGCCUAUCCACGCACUCAGACAGCGAGCUCAUCACGCAGGCGCUGUGCCUGAUUCCCCCCGACGGGGAAGUGAACGGACCGGACUGGCCCGCGCGCAUCCGCCAUCUGAUGCAACUGGCCCCUCUGAGCUAUUCGCUCUGUAUAAUGCUCAAGGAUCGCAUCUAUGCCGUCAGGGAUCCCUACGGGAACAGGCCCUUGUGUUUAGGGAAAAUACUGCCGCUCGAUCAUGAAAUAAUAAACGGUUAUGGAAACGAUGAAGGCUUCGCUCCAGAAGGAUGGGUCGUAUCCUCAGAGUCUUGCGCCUUCCUAUCAGUCACCAGAUAUCUACGAGAAGUCUUACCAGGCGAAAUAGUAGAAAUGACCAGAACAGGUGUCAAAACGGUUGAUAUCGUCCCGCCACCUGUCGACAAAUCCCUGGCUUUUUGCAUAUUUGAAUACGUUUACUUCGCUAGGCCAAAUAGUAUGUUCGAGGGCCAAGAGGUUUAUACGGUAAGGGUGCAUUGUGGCAUGCAGCUAGCGAUGGAACACCCUGUAGAAGCCGAUAUGGUGGGCUCUGUGCCUGAAUCUGGGAAUGCGGCUGCCUUUGGGUACUCCAGACAGUCGAAUAUCCCACUUGGAGAACUCCUGACAAAAAAUUCAUAUGUUGGAAGGACAUUCAUUCAACCAAAUAAUAGGUUGAGACAGCUCAAUGUUGCUUUGAAAUUUUGUGCUAUUCAGACAAACGUCAGAGGCAAACGAGUCAUUCUCAUAGACGAUUCCAUAGUCAGAGGUAACACGGUAGGGCCUAUAAUCAAAUUAUUGCGAAAAGCUGGGGCCAAAGAGGUCCAUAUAAGGGUAGCUAGCCCCCCACUGAAAUAUCCCUGCUAUAUGGGGAUCAACAUCCCCACCAGAGAUGAACUAAUCAUGAACAAACUUUCUAGUACUAAGGAGUUUGCCCAAAAAGUUGAUGCUGACAGUAUUGAAUACCUCAGCGUAGGAGGUUUAGUAAAAGCUGUACGAAAGGAGAUUAAGCCUCCAACGAAGACAGUGGGGCAUUGUACAGCUUGUCUGACUGGAGAAUAUCCAGGAGGUCUUCCUGAAGAGUUGAGUUGGUAAAAAAAUGGGAUAGUUUCGCGUUAUAUCUUCUAGUAAAACAAUAAGAAUCUCAAAACAUGAUUGUUUGCAGGGUAGAAUCAGUAUUUUUUUUAUAGAUUUUAAGUGAAAGCAAUAAUUUUGCAGGGAAAAAUUAUGGAUUUCAACUUGAAUAUUUGUUAAUAUGUUGUUUUUAGAUAUUUUCAUGGAAAUAUUUGUUUUCCAAGUAUUAACCGAAGAAACUUCUAAACAAAUUCGAAAUUGUUUUGUUAGAAUAAUUUACAUUUAUAUGUAUUAUCUUGAAGAUGUAAAACAAAAUAAAAUGAACCUAGUUCAAAUAAAAUCAUUGGUUUCAGUG